CCCCAACUGUGAAAGGAACGAACCAACUGACCAUAUCGCAGAUCGGCGAUGGCCAUGGACGCCAAGAUCGGCAGGUUCUUCGAUGCCGUGGGUUCCUUCUUCUCCGGCGGCGAGAACAUCCCUUGGUGCGACCGCGACGUCAUUGCCGGAUGCGAGAGGGAGGUCGCCGAGGCCGCGACCGAGGAGCACGAGAAGCAGAGCAUCAUGAGGCUGUCUUGGGCGCUCGUGCACUCGAGGAACCAGGACGACGUGCUCCGCGGGAUCGGCAUGCUCCAAGCAUCUCUGCUUGGUGCGACCACCAGCCCUUUGCAGGCGAGGGAGAAGCUCUACCUGCUGGCCGUUGGGCACUACAGGAACGGCGACUACCCCAGGAGCCGGCAGUUCGUGGACCAGUGCCUGGAGAUCCAACCUGAUUGUAGACAGACCCUGGCUCUGAAGAAGAUAGUGGAAGAUAAAAUUGCUAAAGAUGGCGUUAUCGGUAUUGGAAUAGCUACAACUGCUAUUGGUGUGCUCAUUGGGAUCGCAGCUGCUGUUGCUCGAAAAAACUGAGAUGGUUUUAUUUUCAUAGCUAUUUUUAGGAUACUAUGUUCUCUAUCCUCACUCCACGGAUCAAGUUUAUUGAGUUCAUUUUGGUCUUCUUAUGUAAACCUCAGCACGCUUCCGGCUUCCUUCUUGAGUGAUACAAUUGUGUUCCUGCUUCCUUUCAACAAAAGAAAAGGUAAACCAAGCAUACUGUAACUAGUUUUCAGUACAAUUUCCCAAAGACUUGUCACAAAUGGCCAACGAUUAGUAUGUUUUUGGUUAAUUAAUCACAAAAUUACUGUGGCCAAAUGAGGUUGUGGUGGAUUAUAUAUGUUGUUGGCAAUUUGCCAAAACUGUAGGAAAAAUUUUCUCAAAAAAACUGUAGGAAAAUUGAAGGUAAUAAAUAUAUUUGAAAACUGUUAGCCACUGGGGAAAAAUACUAGUAAUACUACAGUAUUUUAUCUUCAAAUUAAUAAUCUAUUAAAUUGGAUCAGGUCCGGCCCGGAGUGUUUCACCGACUUCGUAUCGGAAUUGUAGUUUCCGUCUCUAUUUAUUUAAGUGCGUGCGUGCUGCAGAGUGCAGAGUCGACGAGUCGUAUCAACAAGGAAUCUCAUUCUUGCAGCCGCUGCUCGCCUCGGGAGCUCGCUCUUCUCUUACGAAUCGUAUCAUCGCCGAUCGAUUUGACGUGCCUCGGAAUACAAUGAUGGCCGGGGGGAAGCGGCAGCGGAACCCCGCGUCGUACCUCAGCGACGACCUCUUGAUCGAGAUCCUCGUGCGGCUGCCAGCGAGACCGCUGGGCCGCUUCAAGUGUGUCUCCCGGUCAUGGCGCUAUCUCAUCUCCAGUCCUGUCCACCACCGGAGGCUUGCGCACACUGACGC